AUGGAGUCCCCUACGCCUGUUUCUCGAUACAUCCCCCAGAAUUCCAAGAAAAGGGUAUUUCCGGGUGGGAGUUCUAGCGGGUGUCAAGAAGCGGAUGUGGUCGAAAUCCCGACGCCGAUUAAUCGGUCUUCCAAAGCCAAAUUAUUGAAGCAAAAAGAGGUUAUUUGUCAUGAAAUAAUAGACGUAGACAUGGAUGAAGACUCUGAUGUUAUGCUUAUUGAUGGGCAAGUUGACACAAUUGACACAAGUGGCAAAGGCAAGGAAGCUCUGUCCGACUUUUCGCUGGGUCCUAGUAGUAUAGAUACUGGUGGAUCUGGGAAUGGCAUUCAGUUGUCCAACAAUGGCUCUGCUGGAUUACAUAAUUCUAUCAAUGUAGAUGAUUUCAAUUCCUCUCUCUUCUACGGAGAAGAUGAGUGUAUAGAUAUGUAUUUUGAUGAUCUCAUUGAGGAAGACUAUACAAUUUUGCAAUCACAUUUUGAUCAUAUGGAUAUUCCUCCUGGGAUAGAGGCUCCUCUUCCCUGGUUGCCAAGUUCUGCAGGAAAUAACAUGAAGUUAAUGACCCCAAGCACCUCAACCAAUUCAACUUUGCAACUUCAAUUGACUGAUGCCAAUUUCCCUGCCACGAAUUCGUCUCGCCCAUCACUGAAAUUGAAAGAUGUCUUAAUAAAGGGUCAACCAACUUCACGGAACAGUUCACAGUUCAGUACCCAAGUGCAUGCAGUUGGUCAACCUGUGGAGUUGAAACGGUCUUCAACUAUGUGGGAACCAGAACGGGAGAAAUUAACCACUUUAAGCAGUACACCUUAUCCAAUUUCGGAUAUCUCUAGUAGUUUGUUGAAUGUUAAACAUGGGAAGGACCCUUUACCCUCUUUUGGAAAGGGUAGGAGGAAGUCUCAUCUACCACCCCCACCAUCUGCUCCCUUCGGUUCAUACAUGCAAGUUGGUGGUAGUGGUAGCUACCCUAAACUAAAUCCAAUGCACACACCUGGAGCCGGAACUUUUGUGCCAGUUCCAUCAUGGAAUAUGAAUAUGUUGGAACCUUGUCCAGUUCGUCCUGGUUUUAUUAGUGGAAGCUCAUAUGCCCCGUGGGGACAUGAUCUUGCCAAUAACCAAAAUAAUGCAUUUUCUGCAGCAACUCCAGAACCUCUCACCAACGUGGAGAAUAGGAAUUUGAAUGAAAUUCUUCAGAACUUCAAUCAUUUUAAGCAAUUUGACACCGUUGAAAAUUACUGUGACCACCACUACUCGAAAAAUGGUUCAUCUAUGAAACAGCCGUCAAAGGGUUGGACAAAGAGAAUACAAGAGGAAUGGAAAAUCCUGGAGAAAGAUCUGCCUGAUACCAUAUUUGUUCGGGUCUAUGAAUCCAGAAUGGAUCUUUUGAGGGCUGUAAUAGUAGGAGCUGAAGGAACUCCGUACCAUGAUGGUCUCUUUUUCUUCGAUGUCUUCUUUCCUGGAAGCUAUCCCAAUGUUCCACCUCAUGUCCAUUACCACUCUGGUGGACUUCGCAUCAAUCCAAACUUUAUGAGGCGGCCACCGAAGCAUUUCGAGGACUUUGUGGUGGGGCAUUUUUGCAAGCGUUCUCGUGAUAUUCUUGUAGCAUGUAAAGCCUAUAUAGAAGGUGCUCAGUUGAUGAUAAAUCCCAUUCAAUGGUGGCAAAUUCAAGGAAAUAGCCUUGGAGAAAAAAUUCUUGAUCAGUUUGUUGUGGCCAUGAAUUCUUUGUUUACUAUGUUUUCUUCGUGGUUUAAGAUUUUCUUCUUCUUUUUCUUUACCAGUCUCUGUAAAACUUAUGGUUUUUCUUCUUCUUCUAAGAGUACGUCUGCAAUAUCAUAUGGUGACCACUGUGCUUCAAUUGUCCCCAAAUUCAAUCCGACGGUUCGUGUCCAUAAUAACUAUGUAAUUUCAUUCAGAGGAGGCUAUUACACAGGUGGUGACAGGCUUCUAGGCAGUAAACUACCCAAUCAGUUGUAUUACUAUGCUGGGAGUUAUCUUCGAUUUCGACCCACCCGGAAUGUCUACAAAACUGAUGCCAAGGGUGUUUAUAAACUAGAAGCUUACUUAUAUUUUCGAUCGCCGUACAGGUACUAUGGUAAUGGAACCAGUUCCAGUUAUGGAUCCCAUUAUCAUAGAACUGUUCGUGGCUCGGGGACAAUCAAAUUUCUCUUGAACGGGUUCUGGUCGGAGGUUUCAAGGAAGCUCUGUAUGGUGGGAUCAGCUUCUUGGCAACCUGAAGAAGGUAAAUUUCUCAAUCUUGAUGGUGUUCUUAAACUCAAGUUUGCUGAUGAGAAGUCAAAUAUCUCUACUAGUUUGGUCAGUGGUACUUUGGAGUCCAUACAUCCUCAGAAUGACGUGGGAUAUUUUGAACCAAUUUCGAUAUAUGAUUUCCCUUAUCUGUUCAAUUAUAAUUACUCGUUGGUUUCGGAAGAAGUUAAUGGAGGGUGUUAUGGCGAUGUUGGCUUCCCGAAAAACCAAUCUGUAAGCCUGGAGUCGAGGGAUUUUUGCUCUAUUCUCCCCAGAGGAAUCACCUCUCUUGAAUUGGAGUACCCUACCGAGUGCAAAACAUCCCAAAACUGUACCCAUUUAGUUGGGGGUAGAGGAUACUUGCCUAAGUUUAUGCAUCUGCAAGUGAUUCAGUGUUCGGGUGAUGAAGAAAAACUAAGAUACACGGUAAAUUUUGGAAAUAGUAGUUACACCGAAUUUUAUGGGCGGUUUGAUCUAAAUUCAACUUUGAUUGGGGAGGGGUCUUGGGAUGCAAAGAAUAAUAGGCUCUGUAUUGUUGCCUGCCGAAUCUUGAAUCGGGCUAAUAAUUGGGGAAGUGAAGUGGGGGAUUGUACAACGAGGUUGAGCUUGAGUUACCCUUCAAUUUUGAUGAUCAGAAACAACUCCAACAUAGUUGGGCAAAUUUGGACCGACAAAACUGUUAAUGAUUCAGGGUACUUCAGAAAGAUCACGUUCAGAAGUUGGGAUAACGAUGUAGCAGCUAUCCCGGGAUUGAAAUACGAGUACACUGAACUCGAUCGGGUACGAGAGUCAUGCCCGAUAAAAAAGGCUGUCAAAAUGGGGGGAGCGCGAUACCCAGAUGGGCAUUCUUAUGAUAUGAGGUUUGAUAUGUCCGUAAAACAUUCAAAAAGGGAAUUUGCUUGGGGUAAUGCCAUACCCCUCUUCGUUGGGAAUGAAAUCUUUGACCAAUCAGGUAUGAUUGUUAUAGACUCUACUUAUUCAGAGUCUGAUGCCGGGUUCGGAACGAUUUCUGAAGCUGACAAGAAAACCAAUGGCCCCUUGAAUAUCAGCUACAAGUUGAGCAUCAACCCAUUUUCACUAGUAAAACUGGACAGUUGGUUUUCGCCUCUCAAUUUGUCAAUAAAUCCCCGAGGUCAAGUCGAGAUUACUGCAGAAGGGAUAUAUGAUGCUGAAACAGGGAAUCUCUGCAUGCUAGGCUGCAGAGAAUUGAGUUCAUUCACUCAAGAAUCAAGAACUAAGUCCUUAGAUUGUGAGAUUCUUGUGAAUUUCGAGUUUCCAUCAAUGAAUAGCCCCAAAAGAGGAGAAUUCAUCAAGGGAAGCAUCAAAAGCAAGCGAAAGAAAUCCGACCCUCUUUAUUUUGAGGAUUUGAGCAUGUCUUCUUCUGCCUAUUAUCUCACUGAAGCUAAGCAGUCGAUCUGGAGAAUGGACAUAGAGAUCACGAUGGCUUUGAUAUCGAACACUCUUACGUGCAUUUUUGUGGGAUUGCAACUAUUUCAUGUAAAAUGGAAUCCUCAGGUACUCUCUUACAAUUCCCUUGUCAUGGUCUUAAUACUUUCUCUAGGACAUAUGAUUCCACUUGUCCUAAAUUUCGAAGCCCUUUUCUUGGGAAAUCACGAUAAGCAAACGCUGUUGCUUCGUACCGGUGGAUGGCUCGAAACAAAUGAAGUAACUGUCCGGAUAGUAACUAUGGUAGCAUUUCUAUUGCAAAUCCGCCUUCUCCAACUCGUAUGGACAGCAAGAUCGAGUCAUGAAAAUAAAGAGAGUUUGUGGGUUGGGGAGAAAAAGGCCGCCUUAGUAUCGUUGCCAAUAUGCAUUAUAGGCGGCUUGCUCACCUUACUUCUGAACUGGAUAAGGGGGAGAUACGGCUAUCAAUCGCCUUUGACCCAAUCCUUGUGGGGGGAUUUAAGGUCUUAUGCUGGUUUGAUUCUCGACAGUUUUCUUCUCCCUCAAAUCUUAUUCAACUUAUUCAGCAGUUCCAAAGAGAGUUCGUUGUCUCCUCUGUUUUAUGUCGGGACGACACUGGUUCGUGCACUGCCCCAUGGUUAUGAUCUUUAUCGUGGCCAGAGUCAUGUACAAUAUGUCAAUGGAUCGUCAUACUAUUAUGCAGAUCAUAAUGCAGAUUUUUACUCAACUGCUUGGGAUGUUAUAAUUCCCUGUGGGGGCAUUGUGUUGGCUGUGAUCAUUUUUCUGCAGCAGAGGCUUGGUGGCCGUUGGAUUCUUCCUCAGAGAUUCAGGGAAGUGGAACUGUACCAUAAGGUGCCCGUGGUUGACAACGAGUGA